AUUGGGCGGCUGAGGGGGAGGAGGCGGGACGCAGCCAGCGGGCCCCACGGUCCUGCGCGGUGCAGCGGUGGGUGCGCUUGACUGACAGGCGGCGGCGGCGCGGUUGCGACGGCAGGUUCCCUGCCAGAGGCCUGCACUCACUUCAGCCCUCGCGCCCCACCACCAUCGGCUGUCCGCGGAGAAUACAGAUGCUGGCCGCUCCCCGGGAGUGUCGCUGUGCGCAGAGGUGAGCCCUGGCCAGCAUGGGGGACGCCAGGGACCUUUGCCCUCACCUUGACUCCAUAGGGGAGGUGACCAAAGAGGACUUGCUGUUCAAAUCUAAGGGAGCCUGUCAGUCGUGUGGUGUUACUGGACCGAACCUGUGGGCCUGUCUCCAGGUCUCCUGCUCCUAUGUUGGCUGCGGAGAAUCCUUCGCUGACCAUAGCACCAUUCACGCUCAGGCAAAAAAGCACAACCUGACAGUGAACCUGACCACGUUCCGGGUGUGGUGUUACGCCUGUGAGAAGGAAGUGUUCCUGAAGCAGAGGCUGGCAGCACCCCUGGCGGGCCCCUCGCCCAAAUUCUCGGAGCAGGACCCUCCGCUGCCCUCGCACCCUCUGAAAGCUGUCCCUAUUGCUGUGGCCGACGAAGGAGAGUCCGAGUCAGAGGAUGAUGACCUGAAACCUCGAGGCCUCACGGGUAUGAAGAACCUCGGCAACUCCUGCUACAUGAACGCCGCCUUGCAGGCCCUGUCCAACUGCCCUCCGCUCACCCAGUUCUUCUUGGAGUGUGGAGGCCUGGUGCGCACAGACAAGAAGCCAGCCCUGUGCAAAAGUUACCAGAAGCUGGUCUCUGAGGUCUGGCACAGGAAACGCCCAAGCUACGUGGUUCCCACCAGCCUGUCUCACGGGAUCAAGUUGGUCAACCCGAUGUUCCGAGGCUAUGCCCAGCAGGACACCCAGGAGUUCCUGCGCUGCCUGAUGGACCAGCUGCACGAGGAGCUCAAGGAGCCCGUGGUGGCGGCCGCCGCGGCACUGGCCGAGGCCCGGGACUCAGACUCGAGCGACACGGACGAGAAGCGCGAGGGCGACCGGAGCCCGUCCGAGGACGAGUUCCUGUCCUGUGACUCGAGCAGCGACCGGGGUGAGGGCGAUGCGCAGGGCCGUGGCGGGGGCGGCUCGCAGGCCGAGGCGGAGCUGCUGACCCCCGACGAGGCGGGCCGCGCCAUCUCCGAGAAGGAGCGCAUGAAGGAUCGCAAGUUCUCCUGGGGCCAGCAGCGCACCAGCUCGGAGCAAGUGGAUGAGGACGCCGACGUGGACACGGCCUUGGCCGCCCUCGACGACCAGCCCGCAGAGGCCCGGCCGCCGUCGCCGCGGUCCCCCAGCCCCUGCCGGACCCCAGAGCCGGACAACGAGGCCCACAUGCGCAGCGCCUCCCGCCCCUGCAGCCCCGUGCGCCACCACGAGGGCCACGCCAAGCUGGCCAGCAGCCCUCCUCGGGCGAGCCCCGUGAGGAUGGGGCCGUCGUACGUGCUCAAGAAAGCCCAGGUACUGAGUGCCGGCAGCCGGAGGCGGAAGGAGCAGCACUACCGCAGCGUGAUCUCCGACAUCUUCGACGGAUCCAUUCUCAGCCUCGUGCAGUGUCUCACCUGUGACCGUGUGUCCACCACGGUAGAGACGUUCCAGGACCUGUCGCUGCCCAUUCCUGGCAAGGAGGACCUGGCCAAGCUGCACAUCUACCAGAACGUGCCAGCCAAGCCGGGCGCCUGCGGGGACAGCUACGCCGCCCAGGGCUGGCUCGCCUUCAUCGUGGAGUAUAUCCGGAGGUUUGUGGUAUCCUGUACCCCCAGCUGGUUUUGGGGGCCGGUCGUCACCCUGGAAGACUGCCUUGCUGCCUUCUUCGCUGCUGAUGAGCUGAAGGGCGACAACAUGUACAGCUGUGAACGGUGUAAAAAGCUGCGGAACGGGGUGAAAUACUGUAAGGUCCUGCGGCUGCCCGAGAUCCUGUGCAUCCACCUGAAGCGCUUUCGGCACGAGGUCAUGUAUUCGUUCAAAAUCAGCAGCCACGUCUCCUUCCCCCUCGAGGGACUUGACUUGCGUCCAUUCCUUGCCAAGGAGUGCACGUCGCAGAUCACCACCUACGACCUCCUCUCUGUCAUCUGCCACCACGGCACAGCAGGCAGUGGCCACUACAUCGCCUACUGCCAGAACGUCAUCAACGGGCAAUGGUACGAGUUCGAUGACCAGUAUGUCACUGAGGUCCACGAGACGGUGGUGCAGAACGCCGAGGCCUACGUCCUCUUCUACAGGAAGAGCAGCGAGGAGGCGGUGCGGGAGCGGCAGCAGGUGGUAUCCCUGGCCGCCAUGCGGGAGCCUAGCCUGCUGCGGUUCUAUGUGUCCCGGGAAUGGCUUAACAAGUUCAACACCUUUGCGGAGCCGGGGCCCAUCACCAACCACACCUUCCUCUGCUCCCACGGAGGUGAGGGCGCCUUCUCUGCGGUGGGGGCGCGGGGCGGGCGGCCGAGCCCCCAGCUCCCCGUCCCUCUGCCUUCCUCCCCAGGCAUCCCGCCCAACAAAUACCACUACAUCGACGACCUGGUAGUGAUCCUGCCCCAGAACGUCUGGGAGCACCUCUACAACAGGUUUGGGGGCGGCCCUGCCGUGAACCAUCUGUACGUGUGCUCCGUCUGCCAGGUGGAGAUAGAGGCACUGGCCAAGCGCAGGCGGAUUGAGAUCGACACCUUCAUUAAGCUCAACAAAGCCUUCCAGGCCGAGGAGUCCCCCAGCGUCAUCUACUGCAUCAGCAUGCAGUGGUUCCGGGAGUGGGAAGCCUUUGUCAAGGGCAAGGACAAUGAGCCCCCCGGGCCCAUUGACAACAGCAGGAUCGCACAGGCCAGGGGAAGCGGCCACAUUCAAUUGAAGCAGGGAGCUGACUAUGGGCAGAUUUCGGAGGAGACCUGGGUCUACCUGAACAACCUGUAUGGCGGUGGCCCCGAGAUCGCCAUCCGACAGAGUGUGGCCCAGCUCCAGGACCCAGAGAGCUUACACGGGGAGCAGAAGAUCGAAGCCGAGACCCGGGCCGUGUGACUUGGUGGGCCAGUCUGCCCCUGCCUUCGCCCUCCUCCCGGCAGAGGGCGCGUUUGUACCCCGAAGACGGGCCGGCCACUUUGGAAACCCAGAUGUGUAAAGAGGCAGAAAAGUUGUUUCGGUUCAAGUGAGUCGUGCCACAACCAGGAAACACAUCCACCGCAGGCUGUUCAAACGGCCGAGGCUCGGUGACGUUCGUUAACUUGGGUGUCCGUCCCCGUGUGCCACAAGCGUUGUGUCCCCAACCCGCCCUCCGCUAACUCGGGCCCAGCUUUUGUCCCUGGGGCUCGCAGUCAGGGACCGUGGCCGUCCAGCACCCGGACUCACAGCCCAGAGCUGGGGAGCAGGGUGCCGAGCACGCGAGGUCGGGGUGCGGGGGCCAGCUCCUCCCUGGGCCCCGCUUCGCCCGACUCCGUGGUCACAGACAGGCUCCUGAGUCCCACACUGCUGUCAGCGUUUCUCCUGCACGCUAACGACUCUGGACUCACACGCGAUCGGGAUCCGGGGUGGGGGUAGGAUUCGUCAGUAGAGAUGGUUUCUGGAGGCAGCUCCGUCCCUGUGCUGCCCCAUGGAUUGGCUGGAGCUUGCCCCCACCAGGGAACCGGAUGAUGAGACAGAGGUCCCCCGCUGUCACUGUCUCUUGCUGCUCACGCGGCUUCCCUGGGGGCUGGCGCUCGAAAACACAAGCUACCCCUUUCUCCCCGCACUGUUGCGCGCCCGUCGUGGAAGUAUGUUCUGGAUGCCGAGCGAGGCCACGGCUGGGGCGGUCGGGGUGAGCACGGGGGGGCCUGGGUCUUGCUUCCCGCGGCACUGAAGCCCCUGGACGAAGCAGCUGGGGUGGCUGCCCCCGGGGCCAGAGGGAGUGGGGGAUGGGGAAGGGGUCCUGGAACCGAAGCCCCCACACGCCGUGGCCUUCAGUCUCCAUAGAAGCAGAUGUCGGUGGAACUGCCAGGCCGUUCAGGCAGAGCCCCGAGGCUCUCGAAGCUGAAGCUCGCAGCUCGCUCCUGCCGUCUCUACCUGGCUCCUUCCCCACCGAGGCAGCAUGUGAUCAAAGAACCAGCCGCUGUGGAAUCCCUUGACCCUUGUCACAGUCUUCAGAGAGCCGCAGCGGCCACCACGCCUCAGAGCCGGGCGGCCGCACGUCACCCUGGCCGGGACGCACAGAUUCCGCGCCAGGUUGUGAGCUGGCCCCAGGUCUGCGCGGCCUCGUUUGUGUCCAGAAUGUCAUAAUAAAUACGUAUGCGUCCCCCACA